AUGGCCGAGGCCAUCCUACCAAAACUCGAUCUCCCACCUCGAUUGAUAAACUUUUUCGCUCGUUAUCCUCCUCAUUUGUACUCGGCCAAAUUUACUGGAGCCACGCUCCCUCUCACACGCAAAGAUGCCAAAGAACGGAGGAUCGCCGAAGCUGCACAGAGAAAGACAUUGCCGGAAGCGGCAGAAGCAGAUUCAAGCAGAGACCUUGCCGUAUCAUCCUCAGAGACUUCCACGAUACCAACUCCCCCGCCUGCAGCUUCAACUCCUGAGAAAAAGUUCCCUCCGAACCCAUUCCUCCCAAUGAAAAAUUUCCGCACAGGACGGUGGAGAGGUGCAGCGAUCGGCCUGCGACGCCAGGCAGAACUGGUUAAGCUGGCGAAGAAGUAUGACGUUGAAGAAUUGCUCCCUCCUGGUCGGAAAUCGACUGCGUUCAAACAAGCGAAAUUGGUUCAGAGAGGGUUACGAGUCAAGGGCACAGGAGAGGGCCAGAAGGUCAAGGGUCAUAAAUGGGAAAGACAGUUGGGUGCGACGCUGGAGAAGAGAAGACAGGCCAUGGAGAACAUGCCCGAGUUGAUCAGAGAGUGGAAACAGAAAGGUCAUGGCAGAGGCUGGAAGAAAUAUCCAAAAUAA